AUGGCCCUCAAAGUUUACACCACCGAGUCGAUCGGCGCCCAGAGAAACCACAUCGCCAUCUACAUUGAAACCGAGCCAAGUGAGAACAGAGGCUGGCUACACCACGUCACGGGAACCAUCCUCAACGGCAUGGAUUAUACUCCCAGACAAACCCCCGAUCCAGAGAUGCUCGCAGAAUACGUGCCAGACUCCAAGAAGCUGAUUGCGACUAUUGAGGAGAGCGACUUGGACAGGUUCCGGGAGGAGUGCUGUAUGGCUGUGCUGCCCCCUCGGGCUCAGGUCACGCUUAAGGGGACCAGACUGUAUCCUGAUACACCGCUCUAUCGCUGUGGGGAUUGGUUGAAGGAUGUUCAGGAUAUGGCUUUCAGGAAGGGGAUCCUUAAGCCUUUGUAA